CCGUAAUCUACAUGGCCUCGUGGUGACCAAAUACCCGCCAAGUUAACUGAAUAGUGACAGAGAAUCUAAAUACUGUUACAAGCUAGCUGCUAACGUGCGAGACAGAUCGAGCCAUGGCCGCCGUACUGAGACUACCAAGGGAGGAUUUCCUAUCGGACAAGUACAUGGAGACCUUCUAUAAAGCGCACGUAGCCUCCAGGACACGGGGCAGCAUCGAUGAGGACAUUGCCGCCAUCGAAGCUGAGAUUAAAAAGGUUAGGAAGUACCAGUCCAAUUUCAAACGCUGCAAGUAUGAUCACCAUCUCAACUCUUGUGGCGGUUCGGAGUGCUCAGAUGUAGAUGACCUGGAUACAAGCUCUGAGUUAUCAACCGUCUCAGCAUCAGUGUUCAAAGUCUCCAACUGUACUCCUGAGUCCUAUCGCUCUGUCUCCCCCUCCUCCAGUGUGUACGGAGCUAAGGAGGGGACCUUUGUAUUUCCACGAGGACCAGAUGUGUUCACUUGGGCAGUUACCCAGCAGGUUACUCAUGACCAUGACUACUGUAAGCCCGAGACCCUGCCCACUACAACACUCAUUGAGAGGGGGACCGUGAGCAUGAAGGGUGUUCCCUGGCACACUAUUGGGUCCCCCCAGAGAGCCCAGGCCGUAUUCAAGCUAUCCUGUAUCCUCCAACAUCGACCCUCCGGCCGCCAGUCGCCUAUCUUCUCCUCUUUUGACCUCUUACCGACCUCUCUAGCCAACAGUAUCAGAAAAACUGGCAAUCUUGGACUAACACACACUCUCAGUGGACACAAACCUCCCAAAGCCACUCAGAAACUAUCAUCAACUAUCAGCAAUGUCGGAAUACAAGAGCUCAAAAGUCGAGAGAGAACAACACAUCAGAAACCAGUGGUGAUUGUUCCCAAGAUAGACCACACAGUCCACAAGCAGUUGAAGUCCUCCACAGGACCUGUGAGGACUCGUAGCAAGCGAACCAGACAGUCCCCCUACACAACCAGACACUCAGAGGUGACGAGGAUGCGGAAAGUGAGCAGCUGUUCUGAGGGGGAGGACCCUGUCGUUAUCGAUUGAUGAUGUCAUCUGAUGUCACAGAACUGAAUAAUAAUUCACUCUAGGCAACUAAUAAAUUGUCUGUAUGUUUCAUACAGUUGUUCAAUUCUAAUUACUUAAUUAAUGUCUUUAUUUGAUUUGGAGACUCACGUCAUUUCAGAAGAAUAUAUUAUUAUCAAUUUCCCAUGAGAUAAUAA